AUGGCUUGUGUCAUUACUCGUCUUAUGGGGCCCACAAUUGACCUCGGCCAAGUCAGCUGCGGAUUACUAUGUUCGCUCGUUGCCAGGCGCCCCCGAUGGACCCUUACUGAAGAUGCAUGCUGGAACAAUGGUAAUCUCUUCUUUUGGCAUUACCAGAAUCGCCAUAUUGCCAACCGUCAGCGGACUGUAAUCUGGCUAAACGGUGGCCCGGGCUGUAGCUCAAUGGAUGGUGCAUUGAUGGAGGUAGGCCCAUAUCGAUUGAAGGACAACCUUACGUUGGAGUAUAACGAAGGUUCUUGGGAUGAAUUUGCCAAUCUACUUUUUGUGGAUCAGCCGGUUGGAACCGGCUUCAGUUACGUUAAUACCGACAGUUAUCUUCAUGAAUUGGACGAGAUGUCCGCGCAUUUCAUUAUAUUCUUGGACAAGUUCUUUGAGCUUUUCCCGGAAUAUGAAAGUGAUGACAUUUAUCUUGCGGGCGAGUCCUACGCCGGUCAGCAUAUACCAUAUAUUGCCAAAGCUAUUUUAGAUCGGAACAAGGACGCAGUGAACCCUUGGAACCUGCGUGGUCUUUUAAUAGGCAACGGUUGGAUCUCUCCUGCGGAUCAGUAUCCCUCCUACUUGACUUUCGCAUACGAAGAAGGUCUUAUCAAAGAAGACAGUCGGACCGCGAAGAGCCUGGAAGUGUUACAGUCGGUCUGUCAAUCGAAGUUGGAGACAGGUGGAAAAGAUAAAAUACACAUCGGUGACUGUGAAACAGUGUUGCAGGAGCUUCUGUCAAAGACUCUAGACUCUGACAACAAAUGUUACAACAUGUAUGAUGUCCGCCUCCGCGAUACGGCUCCGUCUUGUGGCAUGAACUGGCCCCAGGAUCUUAAGGAUGUGAAGCCGUAUUUACGCCGGGCGGACGUUGUUAAAGCUCUAAAUAUAAAUCCUGAAAAGAAGUCAGGGUGGGAGGAAUGCUCAGGGGCUGUCAGCAGUUCUUUUCUUCCGCAAAAAUCAGUGCCAGCUGUUCAAUUACUUCCCAGUCUACUCGAAUCGGGGAUUUCAGUUCUUCUAUUUAGCGGUGAUAAAGACCUCAUUUGCAACCACGUCGGAACCGAGCAGCUUAUAAACAAUAUGAAAUGGGGUGGUGGAGUCGGCUUCGAAACAUCACCGGGUGUCUGGGCUCCCCGGCAUGAUUGGACUUUUGAGGGCGAGCCAGCGGGUAUCUAUCAACACGCGAGAAAUUUGACCUAUGUUCUCCUUUACAACUCUAGCCACAUGGCGCCUUACGAUCUCCCUCGCCAGACUCGAGACAUGCUGGAUCGCUUCAUGAAGGUUGAUAUAGCAAGUAUCGGAGGUAGCCCUGCGGAUUCGCGCAUCGAUGGUGAAAAACUGCCUCAAACAUCCGUGGGUGGUCAUCCGAACAGCACUGCAGCCGAAGAGCAGGAGAAGGAGAGGAUGAAACAGGCAGAAUGGAAGGCCUAUGCCAAGUCUGGAGAGGCAGUCCUCGUGGUUGUCAUCAUUGGCGUUUCCGUCUGGGGCUUCUUUAUUUGGCGCAGCCGACAACGACAUCGCAGGUAUCAAGGCCUGUAUCACGAGGAUGUGAGUGGGACAUCCGUUCUAGAGCGCUUUCAUAACAAACGCUCAGGGCCGGACGUAGAAGCGGGAGAUUUUGAUGAGUCUGAGCUCGAUGAUCUCCAUUCGCCAGACAUGGCGCGAGAACAUUACGCAGUGGGAGAGGACAGCGACGAAGAUGGCGUGAACCGACAGCAUCAGCGAACAGCCAUAAAUCCAAGCUGA